GUGUAGCGUUCAGCAUGGACCCUCAAGUCACAGAACUGAAGCAGAAAAUUGAGAACACGUUGUGCCCUUUUGGCUUCGAGGUUUACCCCUUCCAGGUGGCAUGGUACAAUGCACUCCUACCUCCAGCCUUCCAGCUACACCUGCCAGGACCUACCCUGGCUUUCCUGGUACUCAGCACACCUGCCAUGUUUGACCGGGCCCUCAAGCCCUUCCUGCAGAGCUGCCACCUCCAAUCACUGACUGACCCUGUGGACCAGUGUGUGGCCUACCAUCUGGGCCGCGUUAGAGAGAGCCUCCCAGAGCUGCAGAUGGAAGUCAUCGCUGACUACGAGGUACACCCCAACCGGCGCCCCAAGAUUCUGGCCCAGACAGCAGCUCAUGUGGCAGGGGCUGCUUACUUCUACCGACGACAGGAUGUAGAGGCUGACCCCUGGGGAACCCAGCAUAUAUCAGGUGUGUGCAUACAUCCCCGAUUUGGGGGCUGGUUUGCCAUUCGAGGGGUAGUGCUGCUGCCAGGAGUAGAGGUGCCAGAUCUGCCACCCACUAAACCCCUCGACUGUGUACCAGCAAGAGCUGACCGAAUUGCCCUGCUUGAAGGCUUCAAUUUUCACUGGCGUGACUGGGCAUACAGGGAUGUUGUGACACCUCAGGAGCGCUACUCAGAAGAACAGAAGGCCUACUUUUCCACACCACCUGCCCAACGCUUGGCAUUGUUGGGCUUGGCCCAACCCUCAGAGCAGCCUAGCUCUUCAUCCCCAGAGCUUCUCUUGACCACACUCAUACCCAACAAGCCUCAGAAUCCCAGCAGAACCCAAGGGUGGCUCAGCCCCAGGGCCUCACCACCUGCAACUCCUGGUCCUUGAUAUCCUCUCCCCUCCCCUGCUCCCCAUGGGAUCCCUAUUUACACUAGUGGUACUUGCUAGGACUUUUGGCAAGGCAUAGAUUUUAUUUUAGGUAAAUUACUUUUGAUAAAAGAAUUAUAGUAGAGAUCUUCAAUGAAGAUAACAUGGCUUAGAGACAUUUUGUCAAGAAAUCUAAGACCAAGUCAACUAAUUAUUUCAAUGGGACGGGGCCGGCAGAUCCAGAAUUCCUAUCUGCUUUGGAAUGUAUGCUCUGCAGUGCUGCAAGAUGCUACUUGAUAGUUUAGGGGCAAUAAUCCUCAAAGUAAUGGUACAAAUGUCUCUGGCCCUGGCUGGUGUUGCUUGGUGGAUUGAGUGCCAGCCUGAGAACCAAAAGGUUGUUGGUUUCAUUCCCAGUCAGAACACAUGCCUGGGUUAUAGGCUGGGCCCCCAGUUUGAGGGAUGCAAGAGGCAACGAGUCUGCUCUCUACAUCUUUCUCCCUCCCUUCCCCUCUUAACAUAAAAACCUAAAAAAAAACAUAAAGUGUCUCAGUGUUGUUUUAGGGGCUGAGUAAGGUUUUUUAAUGUUUAUUCUCAUUUGAGAGAGGAUGGGGGAGAAACAUCAGACAUGAAAAGAAACACUGACUAGCUGUCUCCUGCACUCACCCCAACUGGGGACUGAGCCUGCAACCAGGGAAUGUGCACUGAUCCGCACUCAAACCAACAACCUUUCAAUUCUGGAAUGACACUCCAACCAAGUCAAGCUGACCAGGGCUGUAAUGCAUUUUAGAAACAAUGCUUAGCAUUACAGUAAGCAGUAUGUCACCUGUUACUGAAGGCCCUGGGAAUCCUGCACUGCUGUUCACAGUAUAGAAUACUGAAGGGAUCAGUAGGCUGAGGAUAGCUGAUGAAAGUCAAGUGUCCGGAAGAUCACCAUUAGCACACACUGAAGUAUUCUCCAUUCUGAAUCUGCCCUAACCACAAGGGCCCAGGAGUCAUCCCAACACUCACCACUACCUCAGGACAAUGACGAGGGCCCAAAAAAGGGCUACCCUCAAAGCAACCCUAGAACCCAGGGAAAGUGAGAAGGAUUCAACCCUGUGCUUCUGAUACCAUAUGUCCUACCCUACAAACACCAGCCCAUGUGCUAGGUCUUCUCCCCCUUUCUGUUCCAAAGGUACAGAACCUCUAAUUCUGAUCUUUUACAGAACCAGUAGCAGGCUUUUAUCAGACGAAGCCAAGCUUCAGGUUCUCAUGCAGCUUUCCCAAUAGUGUAAAGGGUAAAUGCCCACGAAAUCAAUGUCACUGGAGCUGUAAUCUACAAUGCAGCCUAUAAAAUAAACUGAAGGGCUAUGGCCAACACCACAGCAGGUCUUGCUCUUUCCCCAAAUAUAGUGAAACAAAAUGUUAAUAUCCUGGUUUAGUUCCAUUCCCUAUUUGCAUUCCCCCUCUAUAAUUUCCUGAUUCUGAAGCAGCUCUCACAUCUCACUUUCCCCUAAGGAAAGCAAAGAGUAAAUCAAAGGCUAAUGCCCUCUAAAAUAAACAAACGACAAGGUCUCAGUUCAAGUUUAAUAGAAACUACACAAAGAAUGGUGAUGCCCCACUACUGUACACGUCAGUUGGCCUGCUUCAUAUGUUCAGGUCAUUUCCUCCAGAAAAAGAAAGGCUGGCCUCCCCAAACCCUGCAGGAAAGGCCUGUUUUAUCCCAGACCACAUCUGGCCUAAAUCUAA